GGGCUGGGUAUCUGCAGCCGGGGGCCAACCGGCUCUUUCCUUCCUUCCCUCCCGCCCCGGCUCCCUCCCGCCUGCUCCGGGACCGCAGCCACGUCUGAAAGCGCCUCAUUGUGCGCGCUCGCUCCGGCCGGCAGCGCCUGAGCAGCCCUGCGGGCGGCCGCACAGGGGAUUCCUGCUCUGUUUCCAGAUUCCCGGCGCCUUGGGUCUCCAGGUGCCUCCAACAUCUUGGUAUCCGCUUCCCAGGGCCGUGCCCCUUGCCUGUCCCCGGUGUCCCUGGGUGCCCCUUCACAGCUUUGGGACCUUGCAGAACAAAUCAGCCCCUGCGGAUUCUUCCGACGGGGAGACAGAGAGGCUGUGGAGUGGAACUUGGAGGAGACGACGUCCAGGAGUCUUUGCUAGGACUGGGGACAGAGACGUGAGCCUCCCGCCGCGCCCGUCGGGCAGGGACGCCUCGCCUGGGGGAUCUGGGAGAGUGGAAUUCCAUCAUGAAGACAGAGGACACGUCCCAGUGCCUGCCUGAUGUGUCCUUCCUAAGUUGAACCCCGGGGCACUUGGUGGGCGCGCUGGACCUAGGCUGCCUUCUCAGAAAACUCCCAGCUGGGACCUGGCCUUCUCUGGACACCCCCUGUGGCGAAGAUGUUUUAAUCCCCUUCCCAGGUCUCGAGUUCCAGUCAGAGGAUCCGAUAACAGUUCUUGUAUUGUGUGGGUCACUUAAGAAACCCCUGGCAUCCCUCGAGUGCAGGCUCUGAAAAACCUCUGAGCAUCUCUAUGGGUUUGUGAUUGAGGUGUGCGUGUCUGCCAGCAGCCCUGGACAGCAGUCCCUGGCCGGCGGCAUGUGGCUGCGGCGCAUCUCCAGCACGGCGGUGACCGCGCUCCUGCUGGCGCAGACUGGCCUCCUGCUCUUCUUGGUCUCCCGGCCCAGGCUGCCAUCUCAGGCGGGAGGCGAGGAGCGGGUGCAUGUGCUGGUGCUGUCCUCCUGGCGCUCAGGCUCGUCCUUCGUGGGCCAGCUCUUCAGCCAGCACCCUGAUGUCUUCUACCUGAUGGAACCCGCGUGGCACGUGUGGUCCGCGCUGUCACAGGGCAGCGCGGCGGCGCUGCACAUGGCCGUGCGCGACCUGGUGCGCUCCGUCUUCCUCUGCGACAUGGACGUGUUCGAUGCCUACCUGCCCUGGCGGCGCAACCUGUCGGACCUCUUCCAGUGGGCGGAGAGCCGCGCGCUCUGCUCGCCGCCGGCGUGCAGCGCCUUCCCGCGCGGCGCCAUCAGCAGCGAGGCGGUGUGCAAGCCGCUGUGCGCGCGGCGGCCCUUCAGCCUGGCCCAGGAGGCCUGCCGGUCCUACAGCCACGUGGUGCUCAAGGAGGUGCGCUUUUUCAACUUGCAGGUGCUUUACCCGCUGCUUAGCGACCCGGCCCUCAACCUGCGCAUCGUACAUCUGGUGCGCGACCCGCGGGCAGUGCUGCGCUCGCGGGAGCAGACGGCCAAGGCGCUGGCGCGCGACAACGGCAUCGUGCUGGGUACCAACGGCAAGUGGGUGGAGGCUGACCCGGACCUGCGGGUGGUGCGUGAGGUGUGCCGCAGCCACGUGCGCAUCGCCGAGGCCGCCAAGCACAAGCCGCCGCCCUCCCUGCAAGGACGCUACCGCCUUGUGCGCUUCGAGGACCUGGCGCGGGCUCCGCUGCCCGAGAUCCGUGCUCUCUACGCCUUCACGGGACUGAGCCUCACACCGCAGCUCGAGGCCUGGAUCCACAAUAUCACACAUGGGGUCGGGCCCGGCGCGCGCCGCGAGGCGUUCAAGACCACGUCCAGGAACGCGCUCAAUGUCUCGCAGGCCUGGCGCCACGCGCUGCCCUUCGCCAAGAUCCGCCGCGUGCAAGAGCUGUGCUCCGGCGCGCUGCAGCUGCUGGGCUACCGGCCCGUGUUCUCCGAGGAAGAGCAGCGCGACCUCUCCCUGGACCUGGUGCUGCCGCUAGGCCCAAGCAGCUUCAGCUGGGCAUCAUCCACCGCCAAGCACCCCGGGCCGUAGCGGAGGUCCCCAGCUGUGGCUGGGGGUCGCCAGGACCGGGAGACUCAGGCAUGGUGGGGUGGGAGCCGUGGUACGCGGGGGCACAGGCUGCUACUGGAGGGGCCGGGAGUUUGGGAGUCCUCUCCCACCCCUACCCCGUAGUAGGGGAACCGAGCCCCCAAACUAUGUUUCUUUCUUGAUUUUACUUUUUAGGAGCUGGGUUCCCAUCAGACACACUCUUCAUGGAAAGCAGCCUUGCGCCCCCACUUCCUCUGGGCACAGGGAAUAGGUUCAGAUGACUUGGCUCCUCCUCCAGCACUUUGUUUCCCCUUUAUUCUCCCUUGGGAUGCCUCACCCUGCCGCUGAGGUCGACCCAGCCCUGCCUGGGCGUUCAGGGGGCACUGUGGUGAGCUCUGCCUGAAGUUGGUACAUCACCCCCUCCGGGCACCCUAGUCUCUGUCCCGCCCCGCCUUUGGCAUCAUGCGGCACCAAAGCCAAGGCUUUUAUAUUCACCUGUAUCUUCAGCAAGAAAUCAGACAGGGUACCUCUGUCUUGUGAUCUCCCCUUAGCCUCUCUCUGCCCACAUGUCUCCGAGCAGCCCACAUGCCCUCAUCACCUGCCUAAGUAAGGUGACCCUUUGAUUUGUCCUGACAGAAAAGAUCCUCCCCGCAGAAAUAAACAUAACUAACCUGUACGAUACAGAUUAGAGUUUACAGCCUGUAAAGUUUGAAAGCAAAAUGCAAAAGUGACGGGUCUUGUUACACAAUGAGGAAGAUGAAGGGAAGAGGGGCGUUUGCUCAGAGGCUGCAGUGGGGACAAGAGAGCAAAUCAGGCUUGCAGAGACCUGUCACCUGGAUGAAGAAGAGUCCCAUUUUCCCAUUUUAUUUGCUCAACGGAUGUGCAAGCAGCCAUGGUUGCAGCCAUCGCUGCAAGGUGAGAUCCAGGAAGUGGUGAGCUCUGGGUCCAGACCACAGCGUCUAGGGAGCCUCCUGGAUAAGCCUGGAGGGAGGCAGUGAGGAGGAAAAGUGGCAGGAGAGGGAUGGGGAGGCCCGGGCAGCAAGCCAGGCAGAGCGUGUGGCAGAGCAAGAGGUUGGCAGCAA